UUUCCUAUUUACACAUCUAAACUAAAGCCCUACCCUUACCAUUCUUCCCCAAUCCCCAUUCAAGAUUUCUCCAACUUCAACAACCGAUUCAAUUCACAUCCAAACAUGUUAAGAACCGCCAUUAACAAAGCCAAAUUUUUGUAUUCACCUUCAACCUCAAAUGGGUUGUUUACCUCUCAAAUUAAUCGUUCAUACAGCUUAAUUCCCAUGGUAAUUGAGCACUCAUCUCGAGGAGAAAGAGCUUAUGACAUCUUCUCUCGUCUUCUUAAGGAACGUAUCAUCUGUAUCAAUGGCCCAAUUGCUGAUGAUACUGCCCAUGUUGUGGUUGCUCAGCUUCUUUUUCUUGAAUCUGAAAACCCUUCCAAGCCUAUUCAUAUGUACCUUAAUUCCCCCGGUGGCGCUGUUACUGCUGGUCUUGCAAUUUAUGAUACAAUGCAGUACAUCCGCUCUCCAAUCCACACAAUAUGUUUAGGACAAGCUGCAUCAAUGGCUUCACUCCUUUUGGCUGCUGGCGCCAAGGGUGAAAGGAAAGCCCUCCCAAAUGCAACAGUUAUGAUUCAUCAACCAUCUGGUGGUUAUAGCGGGCAAGCAAAGGAUUUGACUAUUCACACAAAACAGAUUGUUCGCGUAUGGGAUUCACUGAAUGCAUUGUAUUGUAAGCAUACAGGGCAGCCUAUUGAUGUUAUUCAGAAGAACAUGGAUAGAGAUUACUUUAUGACACCUGAAGAAGCAAAAGAGUUUGGGAUUAUUGAUGAAGUCAUUGAUCAGAGGCCAAUUGCUUUGGUUAGUGAUGCUGUUGGGGUUCAAGACAAAGACAAAGACAAAGCCAAAGGUUCAAACUAGGAUUCAUAAUUGAGACGGUCGAUCCUGGAACAGGAGUUUCUUAUAAGAUAGUAGAUCAAUAAUUGUCGAAAAUUACUAUGGAUUUUGGAAGAUGUAUGUCGAUGUUUGGAGACUAGAGAGAAGUUCCCGCUGAUUUUUUGCUGAUUUGAGACUUAUGCAGCGUCCACAAAAAAGUUGGAUUCGAGUGAUCCUUGAAAAAUGACAAUAGAUUUUUAUUUCUCGAUCGAACUGUUUCAGCUUUGUAUGUUUAAAUUUGGUCAUUUGAUGUUAUGCUGCAAUUGAAAUAUAUUUUUCUUUGCGGUGAUCUAACCGCCAUUAGUGCCUUUAUUUAUGGAAGUUGAAAUUAAAGGCA